UGCAGAGGACAAGCAACACAGGAGUCCGACGAGGAAGAACAUAGUGAUGGCGUUGACGAAGCUGUCAAGCAGGACUGCUCCCGGAGAUUCGCUAGUGUUCUACUUCUCUGGGCACGGGGUGCAGAUGAAGGAUGAGGAUGGUGAUGAGCUUGAUGGGUUCGAUGAAUGCCUGGUACCGCUCGAUUACAAGGAGAAUGGGGUGAUUGUGGACGAUGAAUUGAACUUGCUGUUAGUCAAACCUCUUUGUGACGGUGCGCGGCUCCAUUGUGUGAUUGAUGCUUGCCACAGUGGCACUGUGCUUGACCUCCCUUUCCUAUACAAAGGGAAAGGUAUGUGGAGAUGUGCAACUACGAAAGCUGUUAGGGACGAGGAAAAUGGACUGCAUGACACAGAUGAAGUCAUAGAAAGGAAGAGGCAGAGAGAGGCUUUGGUUGUGUGCAUCAGUGGCUGCGGGGAUCGAGAGCGAUCGUCAGAGGUUGUGGCAGACGGCGAGUCCAAUGGUGCCAUGACGCUGAACCUAUUACGAGCGAUUCAGGAGAAGAAACAGAUCACUUACAAGAAACUGCUGAAGGCGAUCAGAGGCGGGAUACGGACGGCCGAGAGGAACACCAUCAUCACCAAUCCCGCCAUGAUCUUGACCGGAAGAAGUCUAUCGCUGGAAUUAGGAGUCGGUGACAAAGCUGACGGCGAUGGACUUCGUUCGAAUCGAAGCGCAGGUGAUACGCAGAGGGAGUCUGGGGGCGGUGUAGAGUGUGCCCAAGCGCAAGCAGGCCCUUGCGCUGACCACGAUGAUUAUUCUGAAGACGACGACAGCGACGACGACGGACAGCAGCCUUGCAGUGCAUGUGCUCCGCUAAGCGGGGUCACGCGAACCAGUUCCGCUUCUUUAUGCAAGUCUGAGAGCGGGCCAAGGAGUGGGAGAGCACUUUCAGAAAGCAAGGAGAACGACCCGCUGCCCAGGUUUCUCUCGUGCCAAUUUCCGCACGAUGAUGUUGGCAGCAAAAUGAGAAUCGCGAGGAUCGAGAGAUGUCAAGCAUGGAGAAGAAGGUCUCUGAGUCUUGGGGUUACGAGGACUGAGCCCCCCAGGGGGGAGGAGGAGGAGAAGCCAAGUCUAUUACAUGGCAUGAACCGUCGUUCACUCGAUUGCGACAUCGUAUCUCAGCGGCAAGAAGUCAUUCUCAAACAGUCAAAAGGACUAGGCCUGCUCAUCCAUGGUGCCCAGAUUCCGCAGCUGAGCGCAUCAAGGAAGUUCGAUAUCAAGAACACAGUACUGACAUUAUGAUGAUGUCAUCAAAAUUUCUGUGCAUCACGGGGCGCAUCUGCCAGAGUUGCCAUCAGUCAGAGCGACCACCGAAGCAUGGGGUGCAACAACAAUUGCUGCUGACGUCAACGAAAAUUGAUGCUGACAUCAACAAAAAUUGAUGCUGGCGUCAACAAAACUUGCUGCUGAUGUGAGCAGAAAUUGCUGCUGAUAUCAACAAUAAUUGCUGCGGAUCGUAGAAGGAAGGAGGAGGGCAAAGAUAAUUGCUGCUGAUGUCAACAACAAUUGAUCAGCUUGCUGCUGAUGUGGGCAAAACUCACUGCUGAUGUCAACAAUAAUUGCCGGGAAUUGUAGAAGGAAGGAGGAGGGCAAAGACAAUUGCUGCUGAUGUCAACAACAAUUGCUGCUGAUCAGAGAAGGAAGGAGUUGGGCAAAGACGGGGCUACGGGGUCAUUGUGAGGCCUGAACUGCUUCAUUAAUGAUGAUAUGGCAUUGCCAAUUUGGCAUCAAGAAAACAAAUUCUAUCCAUCAUC